CAAAGUAUUCACCUAUAUCUGGAUGUGACCGAUGCAGAGUCUGAGCAAGAUAAAGCAGACGUGUGUCAUAUGGAUGAGUGUGAUGAUGAAGAAGGGGAAUUCCUUGCUGAUAACCAGGGUGAAACUGGUCCUCAUGUGCAAGAUGAAGCUCAUCAGCCCAACAUUGACAAACCAGAGGACCACAUGAUGAAACUUCUUGCUUUCAUGCUUUUGACAUGGCAGUCAACCUUCAAGAUCUCUGACAAUGCAAUCACAUCACUUCUUCUGUGUCUCAAACACUUCAUGUUUAUUAUUGGAAAUGUUCUAUGUGCUGACUCUCUCACUGCUUUUGCCAACAAUAUUCCAAAGACUUUAUUCACCUUGAGGAAAUGGACUGGCAUUCUCCGGGACAACUUCUUACAAUAUGUUGUCUGCCCAAAAUGUAUGAGUAUAUACCCGCAUGCUGAAACCUACGAAACCAGACGAGAUGGCACCAAGGUUUGCAAGACUUGUGAUCGCAAACCAUUCUACAAUCACCCACAUAAAAGAUCUGCAUUAGGGAAGAAAUGUGGCUCUGCCUUGUUACGAAAGGUAGUCUCCUCCAGUGGUAAACAGUAUGUUAAUCCAAUACGUUCUUACUGUUUCAAUGGUGUUGUGCGGUCUCUGGGGGGACUUGUUAAAAGACCUGGAUUUGCAGAGAAAUGUGAAGCAUGGAGGAAGCGGAAAAUACCUGGUGGUGUGUUAGCAGACAUAUAUGAUGGACAAGUGUGGCAGGACUAUCAGUAUGUGAAUGGAGAAGCUUUUUUAGCAGUGCCAAAUAAUUUUGCCUUAAUGCUUAAUGUGGACUGGUUCCAACCAUUCAAAGAUGCACCUUACUCAGUUGGGGCCAUUUACUUGGUCAUUUUGAAUCUACCUCGAGAGGACCGCUUCAAGGAAGAAAAUAUGAUUCUCGUUGGGCUAAUACCUGGACCAAAAGAGCCAUCAUUGAACAUCAAUGCUUUCUUAGACCCCUUAGUAGAGGAACUUCAGGCACUCUGGGAUGGCAUCAUCCUGGAAGACAGCUCCUUCAUAGGACAUCAGGUGUAUCGAGCUGCUCUGCUUUGUCUUUCAUCAGACAUUCCAGCAACUCGAAAAUGUGGGGGCUUUGUUGGCCAUGGAGCAUACAGAGGAUGUCACAAGUGUUUGAAGACCUUCAGCAAGAAAGCAUUUGGUGAAAAAAUGGACUACUCAGGAUUUGACCGGUCUUCAUGGGAGCCUCGUUCAUCACAGGGUCAUAUCCACUGA